CGGUGGAGCUGUUCGUGCUCGUUGACUUGUCUUUGUAAWCGAAGAAGAAGAACCGGUGGGAAAUUUGACAUUGCGGAAAUGUCUGCUAUACAUUUGUCUUAAAGUUACCCAUAUUCACACRAAAUGGACCGUUAUGUUUUGGUUUUAUCAUUUUGCCAAGCUUCUGACCACUCGACUGAUGAUUUCAGAUGUUUGAAAGCACUUAAAAAUAUUUAUGACAGACUUGUAAGCAACUGGACUCAGGAAAUAGUAAAACGGAUUUCUGCAUUUCCAGCUUCCUCCCUGAGCGGCGGCCCGGCAGCUCCGAGGUGGUACUUUGCUGUUCAGGCUUGUCAAGGAGCAUCACAAUUUUGCAGCUCAGAGUGGGAAGAACUGGGGACAAAUCAGCAGAAAACGGACACAGAGGAGGAAAGGCUUACUGUUGUUGAGGAAUGUCUGACAUCGCUGAAAAACCAGGAGACAACAAACCAAGAGGAAGACCACCUGUCGCUGCCAGAGCUGUUAGACGAGGCUGUUGAAGGACUUCAUCUGCUGUCAGACAAGCUGCCACCUCCAGGUAAAGCCUUGCUGGAUGUCCUGUUGUUGGCUUCUGCUGAGCAGUCCCCAUCUGCUAAAGACCUGCUGCCAAUACUGGGGGCUCUUAAACACAUGGCCUGCUGGCACUCUGCGAAGAUCACUGUAGUCACACCGCACACGGCUGGGUGGCAGAAAGCUGCAUCCUCUCUGAGCGCUGGCAUGAUCGAUCCUGCUAAUCUGAACCUCUGCAUCGAUCACAGAGAAAUAUGGAGAGGGGGGCUGGUCAUCAGAGAGAAGAAGUAUGUAUCAGAACUCCGCUUUGAUGGCUUUUCUCUGAGCUUUCCUGUGCAUCAGACAUCAGAGUCAAGCCUCUUGCAAGCCCCUUACACCACUACAGAUCACAGACUAAACUCUGAGGUCUUCCAGUACUAUGCACCAGUUCUGGAUUUGGUUCAGCUGGUUGAUCUGUCAGACCUGCCCAGCUUCCUGAUGUCCAACACUCAGUUUGAACUAGGCCUGUCGGGGAAGUCAAAGAAAGCGGAACUUCUCUUGGACCAGCUGAGGUCACUUCGAGGAAAAGUUGGAGCGUUGUUCAGCCUGUCCUGUACAGUCACUCCUGUUGCUCAACCUUCAGCCAACCAACUGAGCUCCCAGCGCUGGAAAGAGUCUUUAGCCAGGAGACCAAAGUCCGUUCUCGUGCCUGAUGUCGAGGUGAAAGGYGAGCGUGAUGUCUACUUCCUGUUGGUCCAGGGCUCAGAUGAUGUUGGUUCUGGAGCUUGCAGGGUCAGAUUAAUGCACUCCUACAGUCAACUUAAUGGAGCGGCUGCUAUGGCAACCAUCUCUGGCUUGCUGAGAGAAAAACCUCUCCCAUCAGGAGUUUCUGUGGAAAACAUCCUCCAUUCUCUGCCGUGUCUCCAAGGGGAAUUGUUUCUGAAGAGAGAGAGGAAGAUGGCCCAGGUUCAGACGCUGGUUCUCAAAGAAUAUCUUAGACAGAAAGAAGAAACCUCGGUGCCCGUCAGUGACUUGAAGGCCAUACUGAAUCUUGCCAGGGAGCAGUUUCUGAAGAUGUUUGACUCCACUCUUSCCGCUGCUGCCACCUGUCUGACAAAUGAGCCCACUCCAAAACACUCAGGAUUUCAGACCCGUUCUCACCAAGCGUCUGACUGGCCUGAGAGGAGCGUCCUGCUCAACAUAGAACAGCUGCAGAGAAGACGACAGAGGAGAAGGCAUGGUUUGUUAGGCCCAGGAUCCAGUGAAACUCUGCUGGGUCCCAAAGACAGCCAGAGGGGCUCCACUGCUUUACUGGAUGCCAAAGAACUUCUGAAGCACUUCACAUCUGAUGGUUGGCCUACAGGGGAUUUACAACCCCUGGCUAUCAACAGAGGCAGUAAUAACUUGUUUCAGCUGUCAUCGAACCUCUCACCCAAGAGAAUCAGCCAGAUGCCCUUCAGAAAGGCUUCAGCCUCUCAUUACCAUGGCAUAGAGUUCUGUCUGGAUAACCAGAGCUCCCUUAAUCGGGAUCAGGCUUUUGCACGGCUCCAGUCCCGUCUGAUUCGCUAUGAGACUCAAACUACCUGCUCCAAGGAGCCCUGUGCCCUCCCCUUUGCCCUCAGCCCCGCCCCCUCUCCUGCUGUGAUGUCAGAACCAGGAAGUGUGCCAGACGGAGAGACUCUUCAGAACAGUGAYGUCGCUCAGCUCAAACGCAAGUCCCGAGAAAUGGAUAUUGUUGGCGGUUAUCCUCGUAAGAGGCUGGUGAAGUCAGAGAGCAGCGACUCCCUGUGUUCUCAGAGCAGCAGCAGCAGCGGCACACGUUUCGACUUCAGGUCUCUACGACAACAGCCAAUCAUAUCCAAGUCCACUUCAACCUCUACUGGUUCAUCUUCAGCUGCAGGACGAACAUCAGGUUCGGUGGCUCUUCCAUGUCCUGACAGACCCAAGCCCCAACAGCAGACGGCCCCUCAGGGACACACCGAGGACAAACCUGCUAAAGAGUCCCGCUCUCAGAAACACAACAGAAUGCUGCAGGAGGUUGUAGCUAAAACACUUAAACACCACGGGAUCUCUGUCGAGCACGAGUGCUUUAAGGCCUGCAGCAAAAGACUGUUUGAUAUCUCCAAGUUCUAUCUCAAGGAUCUGACAACAUCACGGGGUCUGCAUGAUGAGAUGAAGAAGGCGGCCAGUAACAACGUCAAACAGGUAAUUGAAUGGGUGCUGGAGAAGAGCUCAAAGAGAGGAAGAUGAUGAUGAACAUGUAGAAUGUGGACGUUUCUGAUGUUUGCAGAGGUUUUUACCUUAAAGAGAAUCUUCUGUUAUAUUUAAACUCAGAGUGUUUGCUGUUUUAAGCCUUUUCUGAUUGGUUUUAAAUCAUUAGAUUAAGUCUGUUUUAAUUAAUUUAACCCUUUAUUUGAGUUGAUUUGACUUUACUUUCUACGAGACUUCAGUAAUGUCUCACUGUUUUUGUUUUAACACAAAACGUGCUGAAAGUACCUUUAGGUUUUAUUUAUAGUGGUUUUAACAUGAAAAUUUAAACCUUUUCACACAAGUUCAGUCUGAUUUUUAAAUACAUAGUUUUAUGGUUUUAACAAAUAACCUUUGUUUUAUGUUGUUGUUUUUUUGUUUUGUAUUUUUUUACAACACAAUAAAUGUGGUAAAGUACAGUA